GUUACCUGUCAGCGGCGGCGGGCGGAGGAGGAGGCGGCGGCGGCGGGAUGGAGGGGCUCAUCCCGCUCGUUAACCGGCUGCAGGAUGCCUUCGCGGCACUGGGCCAGAACUGCCUGCUCGACCUGCCGCAGAUCGCGGUGGUCGGCGGGCAGAGCGCCGGCAAGAGCUCCGUGCUGGAGAACUGCGUCUCCAGGGAUUUUCUUCCACGAGGUUCUGGAAUUGUGACAAGGCGACCAUUGGUCCUGCAGCUCAUCACUGCCAAAACAGAGUAUGCUGAAUUUCUACACUGCAAAGGGAAGAAAUUUACUGAUUUUGAUGAAGUUCGUCAGGAAAUUGAAGCAGAAACAGACAGAGUAACAGGAAUGAACAAAGGCAUUUCUUCAGUUCCUAUUAAUUUAAGAAUAUAUUCUCCACAUGUCCUAAGCCUGACCCUUAUUGAUUUGCCGGGAAUCACUAAAGUGCCAGUGGGGGAUCAGCCUCCGGACAUUGAGCAGCAGAUCAGAGACAUGAUAAUGCAGUUCAUCUCUCGGGAGAACUGCCUGAUCCUGGCUGUGACCCCAGCUAACACUGACCUGGCCAACUCAGAUGCCCUGAAGCUGGCAAAGGAAGUGGACCCUCAGGGCCUUAGAACCAUCGGUGUGAUCACAAAAUUGGACCUGAUGGAUGAAGGAACAGAUGCAAGAGAAGUUCUGGAAAACAAACUCCUUCCUCUUCGUAGAGGUUAUAUUGGUGUUGUAAACAGAAGUCAGAAAGACAUUGAUGGGAAGAAGGACAUAAAAGCAGCUAUUCUAGCAGAAAGGAAAUUCUUUCUUUCCCACCCAUCCUACAGGCACAUGGCAGAUCGGAUGGGAACACCAUAUCUCCAGAAAGUUCUAAACCAGCAACUUACCAAUCAUAUUCGGGAUACCUUGCCAGCUUUCAGAAGCAAACUCCAGAGCCAGCUGCUUUCCAUAGAACAUGAAGUAGAGGUAUACAAAAACUUCAGACCAGAAGAUCCCACCAGAAAAACAAAAGCCCUGUUGCAGAUGGUACAGCAGUUUUCAGUGGACUUUGAAAAAAGAAUUGAAGGAUCAGGAGAUCAGGUUGAUACACUGGAACUUUCAGGAGGUGCCAAAAUCAAUCGUAUUUUCCAUGAACGUUUUCCCUUUGAACUUGUGAAGAUGGAAUUCAAUGAGAAGGAACUGAGGAGAGAGAUAAGUUAUGCCAUCAAGAAUAUACACGGGAUCAGAACAGGUUUGUUCACUCCAGAUAUGGCGUUUGAAGCCAUUGUUAAAAAACAGAUCGUUAAGCUGAAAGGACCUUGCUUAAAAAGUGUGGAUCUGGUGAUGCAAGAGUUAAUCAACACUGUCAAGAAGUGCACUAAAAAGUUGGCAACAUAUCCAAGGUUGUGUGAGGAGACAGAAAGAAUUGUUGCUGGCUACAUUCGUGAGAGAGAAGAGAAGACCAAGGAUCAGAUGCUGCUGCUCAUUGAUAUCCAGGUUUCUUAUAUCAACACCAACCAUGAAGACUUCAUUGGCUUUGCAAAUGCCCAACAAAGAAGCAGUCAGGUUAACAAAAGUGCAGUGGGAAAUCAGGGAACCAAUCUACCGCCUUCAAGGCAAAUUGUGAUCCGGAAAGGCUGGCUCACCAUCAACAACAUUGGCAUCAUGAAAGGAGGAUCCAAGGAAUACUGGUUCGUGCUGACUGCAGAGAGCUUGUCCUGGUAUAAAGAUGAUGAGGAAAAAGAGAAGAAGUACAUGCUGCCUUUGGACAACUUGAAAGUGCGAGAUGUUGAAAAGAGCUUCAUGUCCAGCAAACACAUCUUUGCAUUGUUUAACACAGAGCAGAGGAAUGUUUACAAGGAUUACCGUUUCCUUGAGCUAGCCUGUGACUCCCAAGAGGAGGUGGAUAGCUGGAAGGCAUCUCUGCUACGAGCCGGUGUCUAUCCUGAUAAAUCCUCAGGGAGCAACAAAACUGAAACUGAAGAGAAUGGCCAAGCAGAUAAUUUUUCAAUGGACCCCCAGCUGGAAAGACAGGUGGAGACAAUUCGAAAUCUUGUGGACUCCUACAUGUCUAUUAUUAACAAAUGUAUCCGAGAUCUGAUCCCGAAAACAAUCAUGCACCUCAUGAUCAAUAAUGUAAAAGAAUUUAUCAACGCAGAGCUGCUGGCUCACCUGUAUUCUUCUGAGGACCAGAACACUCUGAUGGAGGAGUCGGCGGAGCAGGCGCAGCGGCGGGACGAGACCCUGCGCAUGUACCAGGCGCUGCAGGAGGCGCUGGCCAUCAUCGGCGACAUCAGCACCAGCACCGUGUCCACCCCUGCUCCCCCGCCCGUGGAUGACUCCUGGCUGCAGCAGGCACGCAGAUCACCUCCUCCAAGUCCUUCAACUCCGAGGAGACCUACCUUGAACAACCCCCCAACCAGACCUUUAUCCGGCCGAGGACCCGCUCCUGCCAUCCCCUCUCCAGGCCCUCAGUCGGGGGCUCCCCCCGUCCCGUUCCGCCCAGGACCUCUGCCUCCAUUUCCCAGUGCUGAAGGCCAUGGAGGACCCCCCCAGGUUCCCUCUCGGCCCAGCCGGGCUCCUCCCAGCGUGCCAAGUCGAAGACCGCCCCCUUCACCUACUCGGCCCACUGUAAUCCGCCCGUUAGACUCCUCCCUGUUAAACUAAAAGGAGUUUCUGGCAUGUCACUCGUUGUUAACCAAAUAUGUGGAAACAAAUUGCUUGGUAACUGUCACAAUAACCAGUGUAUAGUCGCAUGUAUGGACAUCUCUAGGCAAGUAACCAACUAUACUGAUACUCUCUGUCCAUUCUGCAUUGUUUAUGAGGUCUUCAAUGUUUGGGGAAGGUCUGUGCUGCCUUGACUUUUCCUUCUGCAAUAACUGAUGUUAGCUAACUUACUGACACAUGUCUCCACCCAGACAACUGUGCUCACAGUCCUCUACAGCAGCUGGAGGGCUUGACUCUGUGUAUCUUUGUGCAUGUGUUGAUUUGAUCUGCUGCUUUUUUUCCCCUCUUACCUGAAAGGAAUCUUGCUUUUAUUUGUACCUUGCAGGUUUUCUAUUUUCUCUUGUAAUGGCUAAACCAGGCAAAGAAAAGCCAUGUGGUUUCUUACCAAGCUCUUCUGAAGGCCCCACACUUCCAGGUCUCUCUUGCAAGAGGCUUGCUUCUCCUAUAAAUUCUCCUUAUCCAAAAUGUAGUUCUAAGGAAUGUUGUUAAACGAGCAGGGUGUGGGUAGGACAAGGCAUGUUUUGCUUUAUUCCCAUGCUGGCAGCUGCAAUGCCAGGUUGGUUGGGUUGGUGAGAAACAGCCUGGGGUGCCCCAGCUCACAGGGCUCAGCAUGGAGCUGUCCCCCUGCAGCCAGGAGGGGACAGGGUGGUUUGGAGGGCUGGGGUGUGACACAGCAGUGUGUGCCAGCUCCCUCUGUCCCUGCUCACUCUCCUGCUCCCACUGCCCUCCUGGGAAGUGCUGGAGGGGAGUGAGUGCAUGGAAAUGGGCUGUGUGCAGGGUCCAGGGAACUGAGCCCUGCUUUUGGUCCCUUUGUGACCCAGAAGGACACAGACAGGUGCACAGCAGGGCGUGGGGCCCCCUCCUGUGCCCACCAUGGGAGCUCCAGCCUGGACUGGCAGCUGAGCUUCCCAAGGGCCAGGUUUGGGUGUGACAUAUUUGGGAAAUUUUCACAUGCCAGUCAAUAAAGUUUCCCUGUGUCCCCUGUGUAAAGAUUUUCUUUUUGCAUUACAUGCUCCUUGCACACACCUUGAUUUACUGUUGCUUUAUCCAGCUAAAUUCUGGCAAGUGCUCAGCUGUGCAUCCUGGAUUAUUUUAGAAGCUGCUCACUUGCAGAGAUGCUCUGACUCUUGUUUUGCACGUUAUAAAUUAAUGCAUUAUAAAAACCUCUUGUCUUAACUGCAUUACUUCACUUUAAACACUUAGUGUCACCCUUAAAGCUUAGAACUUAGUGAGUUAACAGAAUGAAACUAGAGAGGAAUUUGGCCUUGUUCCUUCAGAAAAUAUGAAUUGCUGCUAUUAAAAUUAUGGUUACAGAUCCCUUGGCAAAGCAAUUGGUGGUUUCAAAGGCCCCCAGUACAAUCAGUCUAAUAAAUGUAUUUAUUGAGACUGCUUGUAGGGCUCCAGUAUGCUGUAGCCCCAUGGUUAGGAAGAGUCCAAUCAAAGAGCCACAACAAAUGGGGAUUUAGCCUGUUAAUUCCCAGGCUGCUGAUUAGCUGUGCUCACCAGUGCAGCAAAUCAUGUUUCAGCCUGCAGAAGAGAGACGAGCUUGGGAAAGCAUCAUGAUUUGUAUGUUAGCUUAACUUUAAUUUCCUGUCAACCCCAUCCCUGUGACACACGCCUGGGGAGUCUGGAGGUCACAUGUGAUGCAUGGUGAAGAUGGAGAUUGUCAGAGCCCUGGAUCCUGGUGAUCUCAGCAGACUGCUGGUGUUUGUUUGGGGAACAGGUCCACAUCUCCAGUGCCAAGUGCACAGAAUCAGCUUUCAAGGAAAAGUUUGAAAACACAACCACAGUCAUACUAGUUUUUACUACAAAAAAGAAAACAUAUUUUGAUGAUUCUUCUUGUCUUCUACACAGCUUUCCACUGCUUGGUGCUCUCUGCUGUAACCUGUGCUGCAUCUGUUGGAUUUAAUUUUGUAAAUAGCCACAGUAGCCCAUAUUGUUGCCUUGCCAGCACUCCUGCAUAUCCAAACAGUUUAUCAGAACUCUGUUACUGACUGGCAGCUGCCUGCUGAGGGGAAGCCAGGUUUAAUGCCUGAGCCACAGAGAUCACUGAUAUCACUUCUGAUAUCAGAAUAUCAAAUUAUCAUACUCACUUGGUGAUAGAAGACCAGGAUGGACGGGUCUUUCACCUUCUAGUGGAAGGUGUCCUGCUCAUGGCAGAGGGCUUGGAACAAGAUGAGCUCCAUGGUCCCCUCCAACCCAACCCACUCUAGGAUAGUACAAGGCCACGGUCUGGGUUUAUCCCACCACAGCCCAAGGACUCAGCUCACUUGUCCUUUGUCCAGUGGGAAGAGCAUGACCCCCAGGAGGUGAUUCAGGCCUGAGUGGCUGCAAGGGACACGAGGGCAAUGCUGGUGAAUCAGGAGCCUUAAUUACACAGCACAGCUCCUGGCCUAGAAACGUGCUUUUAAAUGCUCUCUACGUGAGACUCCCUAGUUUAAUGACUGUUUGUGCCAAGCACAAGGAAAUAGGUGGCACAACUGAGCACUGUCCUUUACUCUGCCCCCAAGAAACUUAUUUCUCAGCAGUAAUCCUGAGUUGUAAAUAAAGCUCUCAAGGGUGGAUUUACCUGAAAGAGGAGGAGGAGGCAGUGAGGCGUCAGUACAUCUGGUCCUGUGCUUGAUGCUGAGGGUGCAGGACACAGCUGCACAGCCCUCCUUCCUCUGCAUCCUCAUUCAGAUCUCAUCUAAAUCUGGCCCUGUGCCCUAAAAGCAACACUUUUGGGUGUGCAGGUUAAUAAAAACACAUGAGCAUGAAUCCAGGGUUUGCUCAUUUCACCUCUUCUUGCGUAUGUGCUUGUGAGAAUAAACCACGUAAACUUGUUUCUAGGAAAAACACUUGAAUGCUUCCCAAGAAAUUGCCACAUCCAGUUGAGUAAGUGCUGUCCUCCGGCCUGGGCCCACUUCCUUCUGCUGUAGAGUGCCUGGAAUGGGUUUGUUUGUCCCACUUAACUCCUGAUGUUGGCAGGUCCCAUCCAUCCUGUCCCUUGUUCUUAGAGGAGCAGCCUUGGCAGCAACUCACUCCAUGCCAAAUGGAAAGCAGGACGAGCACCCUGUGGGUCUGCCAGAGGGACUGAGCACCUCUGCAGAGCCACAUCUGAACUGUGUCUGAGAAGCACAGGUUGCUCUGCCCUUCUCUGCUUCCCUCUGGCACAGCUCUGGUUGCCAGGGCAUAGUGGAGCAAUAAUGAAGCACCACCAGAGUUUCUGAUCUUACAUGAGGUGCACAAAGAUCUGGGUGGUGUAGUUGCUGAGAUUCCAGAGGGUGCUCGUCUAAUUCUGCAUUUAGGCUGAGCCUGGAUCUCUGCCCAGAGAACAUUUCCACCUCACCCCGCUGUGGCUGACCAACAGCUGAAGAGCUUGUGCGUGCCCUGACCAGCUCUCGGCCUGGCAUCUCAAGGGAUCUUGUGCUAGGGUUAAAAAGAUUGUAUGCUCAACAAAAAGGCUUAUGUACAUAGUUAAUGUGUGUUUAUUUUAUUGCUGAUCUUGUUGCACUUUCUGAGCAAGCCUCCUAAAAGUAGAUUAUUUAUUAUAUUAAAGAAGAUACAUUAUAGGUCAUGGCAUUUCGUGUUCAAGUAUAACAUAGAAAAUACUAUCCUCUCUGUUCCAGACAGCUCCACUAACCAUGAUGUGUACAGCAUAUUGAGAUUACUGACUAGUUCUGUCCUUCUGUCUUAAAAUAGUCCAACCCUCCUGAACUGAGAGCAGACCUGCUUGUGUCCCUGUGCCACCAGGGAGCCUCCCGGCGCCCUCCUGGCACAGCUCCCCCUGCUGUGGCACUGCCCCUGCUCCCAGGCUGUGCAGAACAGCUCCCGUGUGUAAUGAAUGUUACUCUGCCUGUCUUUCCUCUUGCUUUGUCUGCAGGCGAGCUGAUGCCGACGGCUCCUCCCGUCCGGACAGCCCUCCACUCUUGCUUGAUCUAUGAUUUGUCCCGCCUUGCCGGCCGUUUGCUUUACUGCUGUCUCUUUACUUUUCCAGGACGGUCUAAACCAUGACUUCUUUUUUGUAAGAAGCAAACGCUUAAUUUCUUUCUGAUUUUUUUUUUUUUUGCUCUGUAUGUUAAUGCCCUACUUCAUGUGAGCCAAAACAUCUGCCUUUGGUUUCGUAAUCUGUAAAUGGUUCCUGGUGUUGACCUUUGAGCACAGCGAGUGGAUUCCCGAAACUGUGGUCAUCACUGAGCAUCACAUACACCUGCUGUAAAAAUGUUAUGCUGCAUUUCUGAACCUGAAAUAAACUGUCAUUCUUGAUGGGCUUUUAUUAUUACUCUCUGGAUGUGUGUGAGUGGUGUCUUCUGUCUCUUGCACCAUCAUCUCAGCAUUCCACACUGCCUCGGUGGGGACUGCAGGGAGGAUUUAUUGGAGGUGCUGCUGUGCUGAGAUCACUGGAGAUGUCAUUAAAGGGGAGGUGGAACCCGUUGGGAAGCAUUCAGCCUGCUCCCCUGCAAGGGGCUUGGAGUGCUGCAGAGAUAUUUUGCUGGGAAAUGGAUGAAUGUUUUACAAGCAGUACCUGGGGUUCACUUCAUUGCUGGGGAAAGCACGUUCAGAGGAGUUUCAGAGCUGAGCAGAAGGCCAGACUCAGUCCUCCAAAGCAGGAGCUGGAGUUAAAAUAUGCCUGAAAGGGAUUUCCCCCUAAAGAUUGUGUACAAAUGUGCAGAUGUCCUGAUUACUCAGUUCCUCCUGCAGAUCAGGAUGAGCCAAGUAGCUGCAAUCAGUGCUUGGAGAUGGUCUGCAGGGCACAAAGAGCACAGCAGCUUCCUGUGGGAGCCCCACAGUGGCUAAGUGGGUCCUUAGGUUCUGGGAAAAGAGGGAGCAAAGGUGGGAUGAGCACAGCAGGAACAUCCCUGCUGUAUCCUGUAACAUUUGGAGAUUUCUUUAUUGGUCUUUAAGGCCGUGGCUGAGGCAGUUUGUGCACUCCCCCUGAGGGGACAGCAGUGUCCCACGUGUCCCCUCUGAGUGGAGCCCGUCAGGUCCCCCUGGAUGAGCCUGGUGCCAGGAAUGUUGGUCAGGGGGAGCUCAGUGCUGGGUACCAGCAGGAGCAGCUGCUCUGUGCACGGGGCCCUCACUGCCUGGGGCUCUCCAGCUUCGUUCUGUCCUUUCCCAGCCAUGUCCCCUCCUGACACCCCAGUCCAGCCCACGGGCCAUCCUGUUUGAUCAUUCCUCAUUUCAUCACAGCCUCACAGAAGUUCUGCUCAAGAACAGUGUUUGAAGCUGAUAGUGGUGAGAAUUUGAAGGCUGCCUGGGGAAAAGCUCCUGCAGAGGGUAUAAUUUGCUGCAAGAAAAUUAGAAAGCCUGUGACCAGUGACCUCCACACCUGGGCUGGGAUUGUUCUGGUUCUCUGGCACUGGCAAGUCAGAAGGGAGGCGGUGAGGAUGAAAGCCAGGCUGUGCUGAGAGCCAGCUGAUUCUAAUCUUGCUCUUGCUCUUUUCCUUAAUAUGCAUGUUCUGUGCCUUUUGCUCUUAACCCAUUUUAUUAAGAUAAUUUUGUAUAUGAGUCAUUUUAUUGUAUCUUGGCCUUUUGUUUUAAAUCUCCCCCUCUCUCUGUGAUUUUUGGGUUAUUUUUUGGUUUUUUCCUAGGCGACCUCCACCAGCUGUUCCAGGAAGAUCAUCCUAACACACACAUUUCUUUUGUGUUACAUGCAAUGUCUUUUUUUUUUUAAUCCAGAAUUACCUUUAAUUUGCACUAGCCUAUUUGUAAAUUAAAGAUUUUAUUUUCAGAUGUCAAUGGUAAGCCUGGAUGUAAAAAAUAAAAUUCUGACUACAAAA